UUCUGCUGCUGCUGCUUACAGAGCAUCAGCCCUGUGCAGAGGAAGUGCACACUUCUGUCAACACACACACACACACACCUACAAGAGCCAGAAGUGAGGACUUGUGGCUCCUGUCCCGGAAAACACACAAGAGGACACAGAAGUCAGAGACCAUGAUCAAACGCAAACUGAGCUUCAAGUGGUUUGGUAGUCUCACCAGCCUCCGGCGGAAAUCAGACACCCAGAAGGACGAUGUCAAAGAGGUGUCCACCGACGAUAUGGGCAUGCAUCCACGGAGCCCGAGCUACGCCAGCUCCAGUGAAAAUUACACGCACAUGGGCACCAUGCCACGAAACCCGAAGAAGGACAAAAGCUUGAAGAAGAGCAAGUCCAAGGACAAGAACAACCUGAGUCAGAGUCAAAGCAUGAGACCUCUGCAGGACCAGGUCGUUGAUUCCCCACUUCUCAGCGUCCUCUCCGGGAAGGGCCUGGAGGUCCUGGAGAACCCCAUCCCAGAGGACAAGCCUGUUACUGGAACCAGAGAAAAUCCCAUUCAGAAUCGUGACCUUCCAGCUCCACCGACUGUGGAUGGACACUCAACAAUACUGGAAAGUGAAGAUCAGGAGCCGUUAGUCGACUCAUCUUGCUACAUGAGCAUGAAGGUGUUACUACGUGAGGACGAGCUACGUGUUGAUCCACCAAAUGCAUGUCUAGAAUCUUCACCAGAUCUAAGAGUGCCAGACAAAGAGCCAGACAUCCAGCCAGUGCUGCCCAAGAAGAGACAUAAAGAAGGAAACGCCUCCAUGACGGAUACUGAGGAGCUCCAGGUGGAUGGUCAUCUGAUUCAGUUACCUCUGAAACACGGCAGUCGGGUGGAGCAGAAGCAAGCAGUAGAGGAAGAGGCUAAAAUAGGACCAGACUGCAAACAAGACAGUCAGGAGGAGAAAGAGCCUAACAGACAGAUGAACAGCAGAGACAACCAAGGAGAAUAUGUGGAAUUCUCCAAGGAGAAGUACCUGCUGGAGUCGCCCCCGGAGAAGCUCAGGAAGGAGCUGGAGGAGGAGCUCAAACUCAGUAGCAGUGACCUGCGGAGCCACGGCUGGUACCAUGGCCAUAUUCCACGAGAGGCUUCAGAAACUGUGGUUCUGCGUAGCGGAGACUUCCUCGUACGGGACUCCCUGUCGACCGUGGGUGACUAUGUCCUCACGUGUCGCUGGCAGCAGGAAGUCAUCCACUCCCGGAUCAGUAAAGUCUUGGUCAAAAGCGGGCAAACCAAAAUCCAGUACAUGCUGGAGCAUGAGAGCUUCGACUCUGUCCCCACGCUGGUCAGGCACCACGCUGGCACGGGACGACCCGUGUGCCCACGCACCGGAGCUCAGCUGCUGUGUCCCGUCAACCGCACGCUGCCUCUGAGGUACCUGGAGGCCACGUUUGCUUUGGCCGGUGGGAGACCGGGAUCUGCACAUUCACCUUCGACCCCGAGGGGGGCGCACAUCAAGAGACGAAGCGUUACUAUGACAGAUGGACUGACCACAGAAAAAAUGAUUCCUCACAGUGUGACACAGUCUACAGAGCCAGAUGAGCCUCAGACAGUCGAGCCAGAGGUGAAACCAGCGGAGGGCAGCAGCUGCCCUUCCACAGUGCACCAUAAGGAUGCCAUGAGGAACUGCGCCAUGAGCAUGGAUCAGAUCCAAGAGUACCGCUGCCCGCUGUCCCCUGUGGGGGAAACACCUCUGUCACCUGCCUACAGCUCCAUCUCCCGCCACAGACAUGGCUCAGGAGGGCGUGUCCUCGCCGUGAUCCCGCCUUCUCCGGUGAUGCGACGCUCCAGCGAUCCCCAUCUCUCGCCGUCCUCCUCCAAUAACAACCUUCCCUGCUCAGACGCGGCCCCCAGCACCCACUCCACACCUGCCCACGGUUACCCAUCCGAGAGUUCAGAGCAGGGUGGCAGUUAUUGUGAGGUCAGACCCGGUCAAGCCUCCAUUCCUCCCUGCAAGAGCUACGUAGAGAGGCUGAGGGUGGAGGAGGGCCAAAGCCCGGGCUCUGGAGCCCCAGAUGGGAUGGAGGGCUUCAUGCUCCCCCUGGUGGAGACCAGCUCCUCCUUCCAGCCUGGGAAAUACCAGUCCACUCUUCUGCCAGCUGAGAAUAAACCUCUGGAGAUGAGCGUGUUGAAGAGGGUGAAGGAGCUGCUGGCGGAGGUGGAUCCCAAAACAGCCGCCAAGCACAUCACCAAGGCAGACUGCACGGUUGCUAGGAUACUGGGCGUUUCCAAGGAGAUGCAGAGGAUGAUGGGAGUGAGCUCGGGGCUGGAGCUGCUGACUCUUCCACAUGGACACCAGCUGAGACUGGAUCUGCUGGAGAGGUUUUACACCAUGUCUAUAAUGAUGGCGGUGGAUUUGUUGGGAUGUACGGGCAGCACAGAGGAGAGAGCCGCCCUCCUGCAUAAAACCAUCCAGCUGGCUGCUGAACUCAAGAGCAACAUGGGCAACAUGUUCGGCUUCGCUGCGGUCAUGAGAGCGCUGGAGCUGCCGCAGAUCUCACGGCUCGAGCAGACAUGGAUCACACUGCGACAGAGACACACAGAAGGUGCAAUCCUCUAUGAGAAGAAACUCAAGCCAUUCCUGAAGGCUAUGAAUGAUGGGAAAGAGACCUGUGUGCUGUCGAACACCUCUUUCCCUCCCGUGGUGCCGGUGCUGUCGCUGCUGGAGCGUGGUGUGGCGGCCGGAGAGGCGCUGGAGUCCUGGGAGAGCGUGGAGUCAGGAGUGGACGUGGUCAUGAGUCACCUGGAAGCAGCACGAACCAUCGCUCACCACGGAGGACUGUAUCGCACCAAUGCUGAGAGCAAACUACAGGAUUUCCAGGAGCGGAAGGAGGUGCUGGAAAUCUUCUGUACAGAGUUUCAGAUGAGGCUUUUAUGGGGCAGUCGUGGCUCUGAAGGAAACCAGGCCGAGCGCUAUGAGAAGUUUGACAAGGUCCUCACCGCUCUGUCCCACAAGCUAGAACCUUCUGUGCGACACAGUGAAUUAUAGCACCCCUGCACCCAAAAAUGGUAUGAUCCCUGACCUUCUUGUCACUCAUACUCCUGGACCAGACCAUGCUUUUUCAUGGAGGGGAGCUGCAAGGCGGAAAUUGAGAGCAUUGAUGGACUCACUUCGCAAAACAAGGCACAAAAGGGGACAAGCUUUAUGCGAGCAUGAUAGCACCCCCUAAAGAACACAGUCGUGAACUGCAGCAAUGGAAUGAAAUCAAAAUCUAAAGCCAAAAUCCCUUUUUCAGUGGUGACCAAGGGCACUUCCUUUUCAAAAAGAGAGAAUGGGAUGAAGUGCAAGUUGACUUGAACCCUAAUGGGUCUGAAUCCUGUUUUAUGUGAAUCCAUAAUUUAGUUUCCAAUAGCUUUUAUGUCGGCAAAGCAAAGAUGUCUUGCAGAGGUGACGCAUCUCUUUACUGGAGAUGAGACUGCAUUGACGUUACAUGGUCACAAUUUAUUGCUGGAAUAGACUGAAAACACACUCACCUUUCAAAUGUCUGAAUGUAAGUUGCCAAACCAUGAAUUCAAACAGAUGUCUGCUGGAUAAAGAGUCUUAUUUUUAUGCUUUUAUGCUUUUUUUUUUUGGUUCACUUCUGUGUUGUUGUUUUUUCGGUGUGGUCAUGGCUUUAUCGAUAGAAAUGGAGUCGAAAGUUACUGUGAGGAAUUGGGCCUUCAUUUUUAAUGAGUUUGUAACAGAUGCUCACAUUCACACUCUCUCCGGGUCUGACAGCAGCGCUUCUCAGAGCGCUUUGGUGUCUGUAUGUGUUAGAGAAGAAGUGUAAGAUAGAGGACAUGCUGUUUUCUUUCCUCUCUUUCUGUCAUUCUGGGUUUUUUAUUUUUGUCUGAAUGGGUCAUAUCAUUAGGAAUGAGACUUUCCAAUUUUUUGUCAUUACAGAGUUUAUUAUUUAACUAUCAGAAUUUAAAAAUCCAGAGUAAAAACGAAAAUGCACUUAUUGAAACCUGGCAGAACAAGCUCAUUAACAUAUAACUACCCACUUCACACAUCAACACCACAUAUUGGGUGUGCAGUCAUUCUCCUAAAACCCAGAAGAACUCACGAUAAGAGUAAAAUUGUGAAAGUGGUGAAAUCCACCACAUAUUGUGCUGUUUUGGGCUGUGUGUAGCACCUACUGCUCUGCAGAUUCCUCGAAAGGAUCCCAAUGUUGGAAACAAGUUCAUUUUCAGCGCAAAUUGUUUUAUGGAGAAGUUACAUGGGGCAGCGCAAACUAUAUUAGCAACUCCCACAGCUCAUGUGUUUCUCAUUUCACGUGCAAUGAAGUGCAUUUGCAUGAAGUCUUAAAGGCACAGCAGCACAAAAACAGACGGUUUACUUCCAACAUCAGAAAGAGGGUGGAAACUGACAUGAACAACUAAAUUAGCAUCAUUUGGACUUUAAAAUGAAAAUCAUAAUAUGACCACUUUAAUAUCUUUCGUGACAGACCAUGCUUGUCAGUAUGGCCAUGGCAAUGAGGUUUAGCUGAUACAUAAAUUCUCAAUGAGACUGAAUCACAAAGAAUGACAGUUUGAAUUAAAUUAUUUAAGAGACCCAUAUAUGUCCUUUCCAGAUCAUAUAUCGCAAGUCAACAAAGACAUUUGAUUUUUCAUUCGACCAUUCAAAGUAAUAUUAUGGCAAUACGUUACAGACUAAUAUAGAGAGGAUCAUCGUGUAAGUGGUUUAUGCAUAUGCAUAUUGAUCAUAUUUAAGAUUAGGAGUUUCACUAAAACUCACUAUUUUAAUGCAUAAAUCAUCCGUUUGUCAAACAGAUAUGAUGUAUACCUCAUGCAGUACAAAUCUGUUAAGGAGGGUGGGCUACAUUUCUAAGGUCUCAUACAUGCAUUUUUAACUUUGGUGGGUAAUAAAUCUCUUGAUUAAGGCCAGUAAGUAGCUAUCAACCACCCAAAACACCAUAGCAGCACCCCAGAAGCUGCAAAGCAACACUUUGACAUCUUGGCUGUCACUUUUGUAUGAGUACCAUUCCCAUUUUCAUGGAAAAACAAAGUUUAGAAGAGUUCAGCUAAUAAUAGCAAAAUGUCCAUUUAAUUGAAAUAGUCCAAUACUGUUUCAUAUCCUGGUAGAUUUAGCCAAACAAAACCCAAAGUCACAUACAUAUACCUCUAUCAACAGUGUAAAUGUUCUACCCUUAUAUCUGGGUACCAGAAAGAGAAAGGUUGUAGGUAUCUGGUUCUAACGCGAUCUAUUGUGUAUCAUAUGCAGGCUGCUAUACUUCACACCCAGUCUAUCGAUGCAUAUUUCCAGGGAAUUUUCUGAAGGUAUUUUUUCAGGUAUUUUAAUAAAGGCACAUCUGAAAGUAGACGAUGCUGUUUGUCACAGAUAGGGGAGCAUUAUGGGAUGAAAAGUGGAUCAUAUGCAAUUUCACUUUUAGCCAGCAGAGUUUAGUAAGCUAAAAAAGAAUGAAUGGAAGUAAGUUUUGAACCUUUUGGAACUUUUUUUAAUGAGGCCUGCUGGUCUAGGACUGUAACUUGUAUUUGGUUUCUCUACUGUAAAGGUCAAUGUGUGACUAUUUCGUUUUGUAAAUAGCUAUCCCUAAACGGUUGAUGAUAUACGAGGUGGACGAGGUCACGUGAUUGCAUCCUCUUAUUAUGUGCUGUACAUACUGGUAUGUCAUAUGUUUUGCACUCUUUUUUCAGAAAAUAAAAUACAGUAAGCUUG